AUGGAGGUUUCAGUCUGGCUUUCUCUACUGCGCUCAAAUGCAGGUUGCAGUCUGUCUUUCUCUACUGCUGCGCUAAAAUGGAGGUUGCCGUCUGACUUUCUCUAUUGCGCUCAAAUGGAGGUUGCAGUCUGUCUUUCUCUACUGCGCUCAAAUGGAGGUUGCAGUCUGUCUUUCUGUAGUGCGCUCAAAUGGAGGCUGCAGUCUGACUUUCUCUACUGCGCUCAGAUGGAGGUUGCAGUGGCGGCUGUGCUGUCGGACCACCGGGGCGACGUGGCGGCGUUCACUAGGCGGGUGCAGGCGCUGCAGGGGCUGCUGGAGGGCGUGCAGGCACAGCAGAGCGGUUGGAGCAUUGGGAACGGCGACCUGUGCGCGUUGGUGCGCGGGGAGGUGGCCUCGCAUGUGCUGCUGCGAUACUCCGACUUCCUCGACUGCCACAGGGCUCUCUCCGUGUUGAGGGCUCUCUCCGUGUUGAGGGCUCUCUCCGUGUUGAGGGCUCUCUCCGUGUUGAGGGCUCUCUCCGUGUCGAGUGCGCUCCAGGGCUCUCUCCGUGUUGAGGUGCGCUCCAGGGCUCUCUCCGUGUUGAGGUCUAUCAUGGAGAGCCGAGCGUGCAAGGUGCGAGUGCUGACACGGCAGGAGAUGCACGCAUGGCUGACAGAAAUAAUUGACAUGAAGAAGCACGCAUGA